AUGCAGGGCCCGAGCGAGGAGAUGCAAGAUGAUCUCAUUGAAGAAAUUACAUGGCGACUUGCUCUCCAAUCUGUUCUAGAAGAAGAGAGAGAAAGGGUGAGGGAAGAAGUUGUGGAGGAUGAAGAAGAAAUCAAAGAAGAGGAUGUUCUUGAUCAUUUCCCAGGGGUGAUACCACAAGAAGAAGAAAGGGAGGAUGAAUAA